AUGGUCUCCACGACUCAAGACGUUCAGUCGCAACGCCUCGCCGUACUGUCAGGUCUCCGCGCCCUUACCAACCCUAAAAACAGUGGCGCUUGCCAACAAGAGCGGCCUCCGGCAUAUACACCACCAGCUCGAUCAGGCUUGUUCGAGAACAUCACUUCCUGCUGUCCCAGCCAAAACACCGUGCCAGACAGUCAAAGCCAUGGCAUACUUGGUAUUCUCGAUUCUAUCCCCAGAGCUCUCUCUGACGAUGACAUCGAAAAGACAUCGCCAGUCUCGUUGCGUAUCUCGACACGAAUCAACAUAGCUGGUGAUGGGAAUAUCAUCGCUUUGGACUACACGCCUGCAGAUCAGGCGAAAUCGAUUGCAAGGGCAAUUAUCGAAGUCAUCCAAGGUCGAGAUUGGACGGCAGGACUUCCUAUGAUCGAUGAGAAUGGUCGACCGAGGCCAGUCAUGUGGGAGAUUGAUGCUGGUCUGACGGUUGAGGGAUCGUCGAAUGCAGCUGGCACGGAACGAGUUAUCAACAACUUUCUACGGCGUGGCACACAGCCUCGAAAGGGACCACGACAAUUCAGGAGCGAGACUUCAGACUCCGCAAUGUGUUCCACAUCGCCAGCACAAAGACGACGUACAUCGGAGGUUGAUGCGACCGAAGAGAGAGCCAGAAAGCGAGCUCGGAGCGAGGAGUAG